GUUUUGGCGGACUCCAUAUUAAACUCCGUUCUGCUCAAAUAACUGGAUUGGCUAUUCUAAUGUGCAUUGGGAAUCAAUCAAAACAUAAUCGUAUCUGAAACGAUCAAAAUAUUGUAACGAUAACCCCAGGGCUCCCCAAUCACGUGACCUUUAGGAAGAUCCAAGAUGGUGGACAGACUAGUGAACAGUGAGGCCAAUGCACGAAGGGUGGCCAAUGUAGAAGCCUGUUUUGGCAGCUCCGGACAGCCACUUAUGGUUCCGGGAAGGGUGCUUGUCGGAGAAGGCGUGUUGACAAAACUAUGUAGAAAGAAACCCAAACCACGUCAGUUCUUCCUUUGCAAUGACAUUCUCAUUUAUGGAAAUAUUGUAAUUAAUAAGAAAAAGUACAACAAGCAACAUAUUAUACCCCUAGAGACUGUUAGACUGAAGUCAUUGGAAGAUAAUGGAAAUCUUCAUAAUGGAUGGCAGAUUAUCAGUGCAACCAAGUCAUUUGCUGUGUAUGCUGCCACGGCAACAGAAAAGUCAGAAUGGAUGGCACAUAUUAAUAAAUGUAUCUCCGAUCUUCUUGCAAGAAGUGGAAAGAAAGUAGUUACAGAUCACUCACCAGUUUGGGUCCCAGAUUCAGAUGCUCCAGUGUGUAUGGUCUGCUGUAAAACAAAAUUUUCAACAUUAAAUAGAAGGCACCAUUGUAGGAAGUGUGGGAAAGUUGCCUGCAACGCAUGUUCCACCAAGAAGUUCCUGUUACCUCAACAGUCAUCAAAACCACUUAGGGUCUGUGAUAAAUGUUAUGAUCUUUUAUCAAGUGGGAAUGCAAGUGCCAAUGAUGACAACUUUAAUCCGGGGCCAGAUCCUCUGGUUGAUCAAGACUCAUCAGGUGAAGAUGAUGAUGAUGACGAUGAUGAUGAUGACGAUGACGACAGUGAUGACAGUCCUGCUAAUUCUAACAACACAACCCCAUCAACAGAAGUCGAGCCAACUUUUUAUCCUGGGAAUCAGCCCCAAGUGCAGGCAUCUGAUUGAUGCACCAACAACUAAUACACACCACUACAAGCUAUCAAACAAGAUUAUCCAUCAAGUUAAGGGGUCAUUUAUUUACCAGUGUUGCGGUAUUCCAUCCCUCCAGAGUGAAUUUCCUAACCCUUUUGAUUGUCACACUAGCACUAUAAAUUGUUCUGAUUCCUACCCUAAAACAUAAUAAAGAAUGCUGUUAAUCUAUUGUACAAAUGUCUUCACAGGUAUAUUAGAUUUAUGUAUCCCAUACUGCGUUUCAGUAAAAUAGAUUUUUCCAUCUUUCUGUUAUAAAAAUCAAAUACUGAAGUAGAUAACUAGCUGAUUUAAUCACGCAGAAUUCACCAAUGUUUGCUUCUUGCAAUAAAGAUUAUGUUAAGACACCAAUUAUGCAAAUGUUAAGUCUUUAAAUAACGAGUUAUUUCUAGCUCAUGUGACUAGGGAAUAUUUUGGGCAUGUAUCUAUGAGGUUAAGACACAUAAAUCAGUUAACUAUUUAUGGUAGGUACAUACCGUACUGACAUUUCAAUGACUUUAGUAUUUAGUAGUUUUUGUUUAUAAUCAUAUGCCACAAUACCGAAUGUUUAGAUAUGCCGGUAGCAACUGUAUCCAUACAUGAACACUGUGUGUUAAAUCCAGCUUGAAACAGAGAAACAUUUAUGAUUUAGGCAGAAGGAUUAAAUUAAAAAUUACCUCUGGUUUCAGGGCACAAAAACAAAAAAAAAGGUUUUACUCCUUAUGAUGGGGUUUCAAUUUUUUUUUGUAUUCAGAUUAUUCAAUACUACAAGAAUAUAUAUGUUUAACAUUUAUUGAAUAUUGUUUGGAUUAAUAAAACAUCCUCUGAAACUAAAAACAAAAA